AUGGGCUCGGACGUGCGCGACAUCAACGCGCUGCUGCAGCCCUCCGUGCCCUCCCUGGCGGGCAGCGGCAAUUGCCCCAUGCCGGUGAGCAGUGCUGCGCAAUGGGCGCCGGUGCUGGACUUCCCGCCGGGAGCCUCCUACGGCUCGCUGGCCCCGCACUCGGCCUUCAUCAAGCAGGAGCCCACCUGGAGCGCGUCGGAGCCGCACGAGGAGCAGUGCCUGAGCGCCUUCACCGUCCACUUCUCGGGCCAGUUCACCGGCACCGCCGGAGCUUGCCGCUACGGCCCCUUCCCGCCGCCCAGCCAGGCGCCCACCGGCCAGGCUCGGAUGUUCCCCAACGGGCCCUACCUGCCCAACUGCCUGGAGAGCCAGCAAGCCAUCCGCAACCAAGGUUACAGCACAGUGGCGUUUGAUGGAACUCCAAGUUAUGGCCAUACUCCCUCUCACCACGCAGCACAGUUUACAAACCACUCCUUUAAACAUGAGGACCCCAUCGGCCAACAGACGUCUCUAGGUGACCAGCAGUAUUCAGUGCCUCCUCCAGUCUAUGGCUGCCACACCCCCACAGACAGCCAGGCCUUACUCCUGAGGACCCCAUACAACAGUGACAAUUUAUACCAAAUGACUUCACAGCUUGAAUGCAUGACAUGGAAUCAAAUGAACUUGGGAUCUACACUUAAGGGCCACACAGCAGGAUAUGAAAGUGACAGCCAUGCAGGUCCUAUGUUAUAUAGCUGUGGGGCUCAAUAUAGAAUACACACCCAUGGAGUCUUUAGAGGAAUACAAGAUAUGCGGAGAGUGCCUGGAGUAACUCCUACAAUUGUUAGAUCUGCAAGUGAGACAAAUGAGAAACGGCCUUUCAUGUGUACAUAUCCUGGCUGCAACAAGCGAUACUUUAAACUGUCUCAUCUGCAUAUGCACAGCAGAAAACACACUGGUGAGAAACCAUACCAGUGUGACUUUAAGGACUGUGAACGAAGGUUCUCUCGUUCGGAUCAACUCAAACGACACCAAAGACGACAUACAGGUGUGAAACCCUUCCAGUGUAAAACCUGUCAAAGAAAGUUCUCCAGAUCUGAUCACCUGAAGACUCACACCAGGACUCAUACAGGUAAAACAAGUGAAAAACCUUUCAGUUGCCGGUGGCCCAGCUGUCAAAAAAAAUUUGCCAGAUCUGAUGAAUUGGUCCGCCAUCAUAACAUGCACAACAGGAACAUGACUAAACUUCAGCUUACCCUUUAGAUGUUUUACUGCAUAUGUACAAACCAGUUGGGACCCUAUGAACUACUGCAAAUAUUUCAACCAUUGUCUCAACUUUUUAGGAAAUCUUCUGAUGUCUUCAUAAUAAAGUUGUGACAAGUUAACUCAAUUGUGGGAUUCUGUUCAGUCUGGGUGUCUG